UUAUGGGAUUACAGUCCUGCGCCUCUAAAGCCGGUAAUAUUUACUACACUGCCGCUCCGCUUCACGGGACCGAUAUAGCCUGCAGUUCGAGGAAACACGGAAAUAUGAAUUAACUGGAGGUCUCUUACUCGGUGCCUGUUAGAAAGAAGAGCGCUGCUUCGCUUUUGCGAGGGUCGAAGGAAUUAUCCGGACUGUUGAUGCGUGCUUUUGGAGUUGAACGAAUGAGAAGAUGAACGUCGAGCGCGUGGAAACGAGGAAAACUUUAUUCCGUUGAAUCAGGAGUUCAGUCAUCCCACACGAUCUGAAGCUAUAAGGAUUCCUGGAUGUCCUUGGGUAAAACUGAAUUUCUGUAAAAGUUCUGAUCAGUAAAACAGCUCUGUUUCAUCGAGCACUCAGUGGUUAUGUCUCUAACCGCAUUACCGGAAUGGAAGCAGCUGCUACUGGAGCGAAAGAGAAGAGAGGAGGAGGAGAGAGAGAGAGAGAAGGAAGAGGAGCGGCUGGCCAACAUGCCGGCUUGGAAACGAGGGAUCAUCCAGAGAAGGAGGGCGAAGCAGGAUGAGGAAAGAGAGAGGGAGAAAGAUAUCCUGGGCAUUACUGAAGACAUCGCCACUGAGCAGGUGGACAGUAAAUUCACACAUCACCUCCAAACUGAUCAUACUGGGUAUAAAGUGCAAAAACAGAUAUCCAAAGAAACCAUCAGCCCCAUCCAACAGAACCCCUUCAUUCGUUCUGAGAACAGCUUUAAGAGAGAUAAAAGAGAGAAGGAGGUGAUUAGAGAUGGAGAAAAUGAAUAUAAAAAGGGAAAUAAUAGAGGGAGAGAAAGAAAAAGGGAAACAGACAAGGAGAUUUGGAGAGGAUGCGAUAGAGAGAUGUGGGUCGAGAAAAUGGUAAAUAAAAGUGAGGGAAAAGAGCGGGACAGAAGCACUGGGAGAGACAGCAGAGAGGCGGACAGUAACACAUCCCGAUUUUCUCCAGUCACAGGUCUCCGUACGAUUCAGGCAAACAAUAUUAUCAUUAUUGAGAAAGACAAAAAUGCCAAGGAAAAACUGGUUAAGAGAGAAAAGGAGGUCGAGGAUGAACAGAAAAGGAUGAGGAUGGAUUUGAGGGAGUUUCUAGCUGGCGGAGGAAGCGACGGUCAUGCAAAAGCAGAGAGAGUCCUGAACCACAAGGACAGGGGGACUCCAGAGUGUAGUGGUCGGGUCAGUCAGCUGCUUAGUAAGUUCGGCGAACACCCAAAACCUCCAACACGCUCCAAGAGCAUUGAGUGCUUCAACCAAACCGGCAAGAACCGGGCCAGAUACAGCACAGGAGAUCUAUUUGUGCAGGACGACCAGAGUUCGGAAGAAAUGGAAACAAGUCCCACAUUCAGGGAGAACAGAGAUUGUGAGGAAAAGGCCGAUUUUAAGGUGGUGGAGAGGUCGACUCUGACCGCAGGAAAGAAGGAGGGCGAGUCUCCUGCUGGGGAUAAACAAGAUGGAGGACAAGUGGAGAGGAGAGGGAGCUGGAAGACUGGGCGACCUUUGACCCGAGUGGAGUCUCUGAAAGAAAGAAUUCGCCAGCAAGAAAAGGAAAGACGGGAUGAUGACAAAGAAGAGGUCAAGCCCUCAACUUCCUGUUCCUGUUUCUCUGUCGCUCUUGCAGUCAGCUUCGACAGAAAGAGAAGUUGGGAGAUCUCCAGAGACAUAUCAGAGAGCGAUAUCUGUCCGAGGGAAGCAGAGAGAGAUGUAGAGGAGUGUGGGACGUGUAUCGCUUGGAGAACACCGGACGUUGACGAAAGAGAAGAGUUGUUAGAGGAAGAGUACCUUCCUCCCUCUCUUUCUCCCUCCCCACCACUUUCAGACUCGUUGGACACCAUGAGCCGGAUCUAUAACCUCAAGACGGUGGGGUCUAGGACUGCAGUGUGUAUCAGUGAAAGGAAAGCUGAUAUACCAUCACACAGCGGCCCUCAGGGCAAAUACAACCCCAUCAGACAAGCACCGUCACCGGACAUCCUGCCAGAAACUGCCAAGCUGUGGAAUCAUGGGAGAGACGGUGCCAAAACCGAGACGAUGGAGUCGACAGGUGCUCAGAUGGUACAGAGGCAGGUGGAACGACUACAGCUGAGAGAACAGGAAACAGGAUGUGGUUCCCACAACGACAAGAAGACACAGUCUGCCAUGGAGAGUUGUCCGCUUGUAGAACCAGAAAUUAAGGUAGCUGAGGGCCAGAGGAAACCAGACAUACUAAGAGAGACGCAGAAAUCCCAAACACCUUCAAGUCCCAGAUUUCCACAAGCCCAACAGAAAGCCCAAAGACAACCUCUUACACCCCAGCAGGUCAGGUCAUUUACAAUCAAUGCCCGGAAUGCAGAAUCAACAGAAAACUUUCAGAAACCUCCAGAGCAAAGCUCUCCAUCGUCAUCCUCUCCCUGCACCGCAUCCCCCUCUUCAUCUCCAUCUCCGCCUCUCUUUUCCAUUAGGAGUGCCUCAAGUGGACCAGGUAAGAGAGGAACGACCAUCACAAUCACCCCUAGAAGACCUGCAGGGGUAGACUUGUCUGGUGGCAUCCCAACAGGGACCCCUACGGCACCCAAAGCGACCCCCCAGAGCCAAAUAACUAUCCCUGCUCCCAGCAGCACCAAGGAGGCAGGGAAGAAGCGGUACCCUACAGCAGAAGAGAUAGAGGUGAUCGGAGGUUACCAGAACCUUGAACGGUCAUGCUUGGUGAAAAGCAGAGGGACACAGAAAACGGUGAAGGUGUGUUUCGAUGACGCUCAGCUGGAGAGAGUGUGUGAGUAUCCUUCAGAAGACAGCGCUCUGGCAUCCCUCCCUUUCUCUCUUCCCACGGGGCCCGAGGACAGCGGGAGGGACGAGCAGGAGGAAGACGAGGAGGAGGAG